UCCUCGGGGCGCGUUUCUUCAUUUCAGGUUAUCGCCCGCCGCCCGAGUUCACUUUUGUUCGACGAGCCGCCAAGUGACGAACUUCAACGCACAUUCAUCGUACUAACAGCGCCAUGCAUUCGCGACACUUCUGCUUCUGCAUCCCCGUCCGCGCGGGUGUCUUUCUCUUCUCCGUGCUCUCCUUCCUCCUCUCGGGCUUCGUCUCUGCCGUCACCUGGUACGCCGUGCAUUUGGUCUUGACGAAGGCGGACGGGUACGCCAAUGUCCCCAAGCGGUCCGAGAUCAUCCUCAUCGUCGUUGCGUCGAUAUUCACUCUCAUGACUCUGACGUCAUUCUUCGGGUUCAUCGGUUCCAUCACGCGCAACCGGCGAUUCGUCAAGUCGUAUUCGGCCAUGUCCAUCAUCCUCUUCAUCGCGUCGCUCGUCUCCUCGGGGCUCUUCCUCUGGACGCUCUACACGGAGAAGAACAUCACCACGGACUGCGUCGUGUCGAACGCGAACAACAACCUCUCGAUCGACCAGUGCGACACGCACGUCAGCAAGGCGGGCAAGAUCAUCAUCACCGUGGUCCUCUCUGUCCUGAUACUCGUCCACCUCUAUAUCGUGGUCGUGAUUCGGCGGUACGUCGAGCAGCUGGAGGACGAGAGCGACCUCUGGCAGGGCCCGUACAAGCUCACGACGACGGACAUCAACCAGGGCCUGAUGCAGACGAAGGCGCCCUACCCGUACGCCGACGGGUCGCACUCGUACGGCAACGCAUGAGCGUGCCCUCUGCGUUUCCGUCCUGCCAUGCUCCGCCUAGGAGCAUAGCGCCCUCUCGCCCGCUACGGACACCGCUGAUCUGUAUUGUAGGACGUGUCGCUCCGUACGUAGUAGCUACUCGCUUACCAUUUGGACUUUGGGGUCGAA